UUCGUGCGAACGGUUCGUGUUUUUUUUUAAUAAUAUUUUUAUAAAAUCUGAUAAAAUACGUUGUUACGUUUUUCUCGACGUGUCUGCCACAAUAAGUGCUAGGUACACAUUUAAAAAAAUAUAAUUUGUGAUGAAAAAUCGUGUGUUAGCGGUAUCAAGUCAGUUUUGACCUCGACGAUAACGUUCAGAUUGGGUUUAAUCGGUGUAAAUGUGCUCUGGGGAAAAAAAAAACUAUGCAAUUUCAGAAUCGACGGAUACAGAGUACUUUUUGUACAAGUCUAACGUUCAACAAAGUUCGUAUUAUCAACCAUGGAUUUUAAGGUGCAAAAUAAACAUACCGUUCACUGGUUUCGUAAAGGGUUGAGAUUGCAUGAUAACCCUAGUUUACGAGAGGGGCUGAUCAAUGCUAAAACAUUUCGAUGCAUUUUCAUACUUGAUCCGUGGUUCGCUGGUGCGUCAAAUGUGGGCGUCAAUAAAUGGAGAUUUCUCUUGCAGUGCCUGGUAGAUUUGGAUAACAGCCUGAAAAAACUAAAUUCUAGACUUUUUGUAAUCAAGGGGCAGCCAGCCGAGGCAUUACCUAAACUGUUUAGACUAUGGGGUACAACAAACUUCACGUUUGAAGAAGAUCCUGAGCCGUUUGGUCGAGUGAGAGAUCAAAAUAUAAAAGUUAUGUGUAGUGAAAUGGGAAUUUCUGUCAUAACUCGUUGUUCACACACUCUGUACCAAUUAGACAAAAUAAUAAACGUGAAUGGCGGAAAAGCUCCAUUGACAUAUCACCUAUUUCAAAAAUUAUUAGAGUGUAUUGAUCCACCGGAAAGAGCCGUACCUAGCAUUGAUAAAGAAUUUCUCGGUAAUGCUUUUACGCCAACCAAAUAUGACCAUGAUGAAAUAUUUGGUGUCCCUACACUCGAAGAACUUGGAUUUAAAGAGAUAAACAAUCCAGCACGACAAGUAUGGAUAGGGGGCGAGACGGAAGCUUUGAUAAGGUUACAAUGUCAUUUAGAACGGAAAGCAUUCAUUGCAUCUUACGGAAAACCAAAAAUGACACCACAAUCUUUAAUAGCUAGUCCCACUGGUCUCGCGCCGUAUUUGAAAUUCGGAUGCUUAUCUACUAGAUUGUUUUUUUCAGAAUUAAAUGAACUUUAUAAGAAGAUUCGAAAAUCACAACCGCCUCUUUCGCUGCACGGACAACUAUUGUGGCGAGAUUUUUUUUACUGUGCGUCCACCAACAAUCCAAACUUCGAUCGAAUGGUCGGAAAUCCGAUUUGCGUUCAAAUACCGUGGGAUAAAAAUCCUCGGGCUCUGUCCAAGUGGGCGAACGGACAAACUGGUUACCCGUGGAUCGAUGCGAUCAUGAUACAGCUAAGACAAGAAGGAUGGAUCCACUGCAUAGCGAGACACGCAGUCGCAUGCUUUCUCACUCGGGGUGACCUAUGGCUAUCUUGGGAAGAAGGAAUGAAGGUGUUCGAUGAACUAUUGUUGGACGCCGAUUGGUCAGUAAACGCUGGUUAUUGGAUGUGGUAUUCGUGCUCCUCGUUUUACCAAGAGUUCAUUCACUGCUAUUGUCCAGUUGGGUUCGGUCGAAAAGUAGAUCCGAAUGGUGAUUAUAUAAGAAGAUACAUUCCAGCAUUGAAUAAUAUGCCUAAUCAAUAUAUCCAUGAGCCAUGGUUAGCUCCCGAGUCCAUUCAAUUUACUGCGAAUUGUAUAAUUGGCAUUGAUUACCCAUUACCAAUUGUAAAUCAUGUUAAUGCUUCUAAAAUCAAUCUCGAGCGAAUGAAACUGGCGUAUCAGCAGCUGUCUAACUGUCAGCCACAGUUAGAAAAUGGUAAAUUAAUUCUAAUCUCUUCGUUAAGAAGAUAAAUUAAACAUUGCACACAUACAGUAUAA